AUGGCUGCUCGCGCCCCCUACGUUGUCCCCGCUCUGAAGAAGCACACCGCGACGGUGAUCAUGGCCCACGGUCUGGGCGACAGUGGCGCCGGAUGGAUGGCGCUCGCUCAGAACUGGCGCCGCCGCGGCAUGUUCGACGAAGUCAAGUUCAUCUUCCCCAAUGCGCCAUCCAUCCCCAUCACAGUCAACAUGGGUAUGAGCAUGCCUGGCUGGUACGACAUCUCCAGCCUCGGCAGCGACCUUCGCUCCCAAGAUGAACCCGGUAUCACCCGCUCUCGCGACUACUUCAACACCCUUAUCAAGGAAGAGAUGGAUAGCGGGAUCGUGUCGACACGCAUUGUCCUGGGCGGUUUCUCUCAAGGCGGGGCGAUGUCAGUCUUCACUGGCCUCACAGGCGAUAAGAAGCUGGGUGGUGUCUUUGGUCUGUCGUGCUACCUGCUCCUUAGCGAUCGGAUCAAGAGUUUUAUUCCUGAGCAGUGGGAGAACAAGAACACGCCUUUCUUCUUGGCGCAUGGCGAGGAUGAUGAUAUUGUUAAGUACCAGUACGGUAGCCAGUCGGCAGAGAAGCUUAAGGAGCUUGGUGUGACCGAUGUCGAGUUCAAUACUUACAGCAACCUCGGUCACUCGGCUGAUCCCACGGAGAUCCAGGAUCUGGAGAACUUCUUCUCCAAGGUUAUCCCCGCCGAGAACGGCCAGUCGGCUGGUCUAUGA